GUAAGACUCGCUGUUACAAAAUGGCACGUGAGGGAGAGAUACGGACAGUAGCACAAGUGGAGCUCACGGGAAGUAUGGUAGGGCGAGCAUCACAGAAUAACAAGUGGCCCGCUAUUAGCAAGCUGGGCGCCCCGGAGUUUGAGUUCUCAGCCUGCCCGCCGGUUUUCUUGGUUGGCUUGGCUGGCUCGCCAUUGCCUCGUACCAGCAUCAAACAUAAAGAACUCCGCUAACCUUCCUGCCAAAAAAUUUAUUUUCAUUUUAAUCUAUUAAAUAUUGGAAUUUCCAUUUCUCCUCAGCUUACCUUUCCUCGCAGCCGCAACAGCACAGUUCCUUUCUCCCCCUCGUUUUUUUGCUCCUUCGCCAUCACCAACCGACGUCUCCUGAUUCCAGUUGACUCUCCUGGGAAGGUGCUUUCCAGGGUUUUAGGUUGCUGUGCCCGGCCACCAAACAAGAAGAAUGGCUUUCUCCAGUCUCGUCAGAUCCGCCGCCGCCGCCGCACCUCUCGCCGAUGCGGCUUCCCGAUCCACCCUCUCCCCUUCCUUCUCCUGCGAUCGGUUCAAGGUUUCUAGCGUUGGCUUCUCUUCAAAGGGCGUCUUCGGUACCCCGGUUCCAACUACCUCUUCUUCAUUCCAGACUCGCAGUGCAAGAAGUAUUCGGCCCAUCAAGGCCACAGCUACUGAAAUUCCUCCCACUGUUCUGAAAUCGCGGACUGCCGGGAAGACAAAGAUUGGGAUCAAUGGGUUUGGCCGAAUAGGAAGAUUGGUUCUGCGUAUUGCCACGUCUAGGGACGAUGUGGAAGUUGUGGCAGUCAAUGAUCCUUUCAUUGAUGCUAAGUACAUGGCUUACAUGCUCAAGUAUGAUUCUACUCAUGGAGUUUUCAACGGAUCCAUCAGUGUUGUGGAUGAGUCUACCUUGGAAAUAAAUGGAAAGCAACUCAAAAUCUCCAGUAAGAGGGACCCUGCAGAUAUCCCAUGGGGGGAUUAUGGGGCUGAAUAUGUAGUUGAAUCUUCUGGUGUCUUCACAACUAUUGACAAGGCUGCAUCUCACAAAAAGGGAGGUGCUAAGAAAGUGGUCAUAUCAGCUCCCUCUGCUGAUGCACCAAUGUUUGUGGUUGGAGUAAAUGAGAAGACAUACCAGCCUAACAUGGAUGUUGUUUCUAAUGCCAGCUGCACGACAAACUGUCUUGCUCCUCUUGCCAAGGUUGUCCAUGAGGAGUUUGGUAUUCUUGAAGGGCUAAUGACAACUGUACAUGCAACUACAGCAACCCAAAAGACAGUAGAUGGUCCGUCGAUGAAAGAUUGGCGUGGGGGCCGUGGAGCUGGUCAAAAUAUCAUUCCCAGUUCUACUGGUGCAGCAAAGGCUGUUGGAAAGGUACUUCCAGAGCUCAACGGAAAGCUUACUGGAAUGGCUUUCCGUGUACCAACACCUAAUGUCUCUGUUGUGGACUUGACUUGUCGGCUUGAGAAGGGUGCGUCAUAUGAAGAUGUGAAAGCUGCUAUUAAGUAUGCAUCUGAGGGGCCAUUGAAGGGCAUUCUUGGAUAUACUGAUGAGGAUGUCGUUUCCAAUGAUUUUGUUGGUGACUCAAGAUCAAGUAUAUUCGAUGCGAAGGCUGGGAUAGGGUUGAGCAAUUCCUUCAUGAAGCUGGUGUCUUGGUACGACAAUGAGUGGGGAUACAGCAACCGCGUGCUGGACCUCAUAGAGCACAUGGCAAUGGUGGCAGCACAGAAGUGAGAUGGUGUUAGAGAGGGGAGCUUCUCUGCUGCAAUUGCUCAUGCUGCUAUGUUGUUGGUCGAAGGAUAGUAGUUUGGAAUUUGGUAGUUGUUUUUUUUUUUCCUUUCCCCUUUUGGCGUGAGAGUUUUCUUUUUGUUGUUGAUUUGAAUGUCAAAAGGCAAGAAUAAUUGUGUUGAAUUGAACACAUUGACGUCAGCCAAGUUGGGACUGGCACGUACCUCUCGAUGUAGGAGAAUUGAAGCAUGGUGAACUGAGUGAGCCUCCUUGCUUCGGUCUAGUUUGCUCUACAACUUAUAUUAUUAUAUGAAAUGCCAGUCUAAUUCAGGAGCUCAAUUUAUUCACGUUACUAUAUUUGGGCCUGGCAUGAAUCACAU